CUCGCAGUUUCGCAGUCACAAUUAUUUGAAAUCCCGAAGCAAAAACAUGAAACCCCUCCAAUUCGCCGUAACUUUGAUGCUGCUUUUCUGCCUGCUGGUAGCUGUAAAUGCUACGCCGGGAAAGGUGUAUAUCAAUGGAAAAUGCAUCGACUGUAAUAGGCCCGAUAACGAUGCGGGAAUUAUAACUCCUCCAGAACAUAACUCUGCGGCUUCCAUGUCGUACACUUUGACAUCUGGAGCGGUGCUCUUUGGAAUUAUAUAUAAUAUAUUCAUUUAAUUUGCCAUGUAAUGAAAACUAUAUUAAAAUGUGGAAACUAA